AAUUUCGCGAAACAGAAAUCUCUGCUUUUUUUAAUCUCUUGCCUUGGCUUCUAAAUGCUUCAUUGAUUGUCUGUUUUCAUCUGCGGUCUUCGCUUCGUCCAUUCUGUUUGUUUCCCACAAGGACCAUGCAUUGAGGGUUUCCCUCGCUGGUUUUCUCAGGAACCAAACAGAAUACGAGCUUUAUUUCUCUUCUGUUCAUUAGGAUUUUUGUUUUCAUAAGAUGACAUAUUCUGAUGAAGAUAGAUUGGUGCCAGAGCUGAGGAUGAGUCUAGAGGCUCAUAUUGAUGAUGAAGGUGAUAGCGAAGGGGACUUUGUGAAAUUGAGAGAUUGUGAGGUGGAGGAAUGUGGGGUUAUUGCAGCAACAGAAGGGUCUAGUUUUUGUCUCUGGAGAUGGAGAGGGUCGGUGGUAUGGUAUUGGGUCAAAUUGGCUUUGUUGUUUACUUGUUUGGGAUUAUUGGCUGCUGUUUUCCUCAAAUGGGUUGGUCCAUUUUUCAUGGACAAGGAGCUCAUCCCUAUCAUUCAUUGGGAGACAACAACAUUUAGCACUCCUGUUCUGGCACUUCUGGUCUUUUCUUCUGUGGCAUUGUUCCCCACCCUACUUUUACCAUCUAGUCCUUCUAUGUGGGUAGCUGGGAUGACAUUUGGUUAUGGCUUUGGAUUUCUGUUAAUUAUAUCUGCAGCAGCUGUGGGUGUAUCACUUCCAUAUUUCAUUGGCUCAUUAUUCCUUCAUAAAAUUGAAGGGUGGUUAGAAAAAUAUCCAAAAAAAGCUGCCAUUUUGAGAGCAGCUGGUGAAGGAAACUGGUUUCAUCAAUUUCGAGCUGUAACGUUAAUCAGGAUUUCUCCAUUUCCAUAUAUUUUAUAUAAUUAUUGUGCUGUUGCCACAAAUGUUAAGUAUGGUCCUUACAUCUUAGGAUCAUUAGUAGGAGUGGUGCCGGAGAUUUUUGUUGCAAUCUACACUGGGAUCCUUAUACAGACCUUGGCAGAUGCUUCAGAUGAUGGACACUCCCUUUCAGCUCAACAAAUUGUUUUCAAUGUCAUUGGUUUCUGCGUAACAGUGAUCACCACUAUUGUCUUUACCGUGUAUGCAAAGAGCAAGCUCAAGGUAUUGCAAGACGAACCUCUACUGUCAUAGCUUCUGAAUAUAGUUUGAGUCAGGGAAAUGAUAUCUGGCUCACUUAAUAUUUUAUAGAAGCGUGAUCAGAGUGGAUGAGGUUGUAUUUUAUUGAACAACUUCAUCCAUUGAAGGUGUUAUAGCAUGAGAAUUUCAAUGGUGCUAAACGGACAUGGGUCGAAGAUGACACAUCUAACAUAGUCUUCUUUUUCUUACCCCCCAUUUAUCUCUUCCUCACUUCUUUAGGUCUGCAUUUCUUUCAAUUGUUAUUAUGUAUAUGAUUGAAAAAUUUGGCUUGAAAUGGUUAAAUUGGAAUUUUGAAAGGAAUUGCUUGUAAAUGAAAUAUAUAAAGUUAUUACUCACUAAUGUAUUGACAUAUAUUUUAUAAUUUUGAAGCUUAUGCCUUUUUUUUUUUUUUUCCUUAAAAUUAAAUGUAAAGGCAAGUCUAUGC